CGGGGGGCGCGGCGGCGGGGCGGGGGGCGCGGCGGCGGCGCAGCAGUGCGGGCAGCUGCAGGACCUCAUCGACAUCUCGCUGGCCAGCCUGCGCGGCCUCCGCACCAAGUGCGCCGCCUCCAACGACCUCACGCAGCACGAGAUCCGCACCCUCGAGGUGAAGCUUGUCCGCUAUAUCGGUAGCCAGCUGCAGUGCAAACUGAAUGUUCCUCUGAACGACAGAACAGUUGAGCUGAACAGCUACCCAAGGUUCAGUGACUGGUUGUACCUUGUGAAUGUGAGGAGAGACGUCAUACAGCGGAUACCGGAGGACCUGACCCUCGAUGCCUUACUGGAGAUGAACGAGUCAAAAGUGAAGGACACCAUGAAGCGGUGCGGGGCCCGGGUGGAGGAGUGCUCUCGGCUCAAUGGGGCCCUGGCCUGCUUGAGACAAGUCAUCCGGACAGGUGGCGAAUACAAGGACGAUUUGAUGUGGAAUUCAUCAGACGGUCGCCGGGAGAACCAUUUGAUCCCCCCUUCAGAACUCUCCUCCUGCCCGGCAGCAGCCAUGUGGAUGCAUGGCACCCUUUCCUCUUCCAAGGGCAAUGGCCAGCAGCCGCGCUGUGUCUCCGUGUCCACUGUUCCGUCUUCAGACAACCCUUCCUCAAGCCAGGGGCCUCCAGCCAGCAUGGAUAACCCCUUGGAAUCUUUUGCCUUCCCUACACAUUGUGGGGGACGGAACCUUAGGACUCCGCACAGCAUCACUAUCACACCCCCAACCACCCCCCAGCUCAAGAGGAGGAAACCCCCACGGACUCCACCCCCACCGAGCCGGAAGGUUUUCCAGCUACUGCCCAACUUCCCAACGCUAACUAGGAGCAAAUCCCAUGAAUCGCAGCUUGGCAACAGAAUAGACGAAGUACCUCCUAUAAAAUUUGAUCUUACGCACGGAUCUCCUCAAACGGUACGAAGAGAUAUUGGUCUAUCGGUUACACACAGAUUCUCUACAAAAUCUUGGCUGUCUCAGGUGUGCCAGGUGUGUCAAAAAAGCAUGAUGUUUGGAGUGAAGUGUAAGCACUGCAGAUUAAAGUGUCAUAACAAAUGUACAAAAGAAGCCCCUCCCUGUAGAAUAUCUUUCCUGCCCUUGCCGAGAUUAAGGCGAACGGAGUCUGUCCCUUCUGAUAUCAAUAAUCCUGUGGACAGACCUUCGGAGCCACAGUUUGGGACUCUUCCAAAAGCACUAACUAAAAAGGACCAUCCACCAGCAAUGAACCACCUUGAUUCCAGCAGCAACCCAUCAUCCACCACCUCCUCCACGCCAUCUUCUCCAGCUCCCUUUCAGUCUUCCAACCCUCCCAGUGCAACACCACCCCCAAACCCAUCUCCCAUGGGACAGCGGGAUAGCCGGUUCAACUUCCCAGCUGCCUACUACAUUCAGCAUAGACAACAGUUUAUCUUCCCAGAAAUCCCCAAUCCCUCACAAGCAACACAGCCGCCUGAAACGACGGAAAAUGCCAAAGUUGAGGAACGUCCAGAGGUGGGCAGAGUUGAAGAACGUGACACAGAGCAAGCAGAAGACCCAGAGCCCAACAAAUCAGAGGCCGAAGAUGAUGAGGAUGAGAUCGAUGACCUGCGGAGUGGGCCCACUCGCUGGCGAGGGAUGAUCUCCCGCAAGGCCAGCCAGACCAGCGUCUACCUGCAGGAGUGGGACAUUCCCUUUGAGCAGAUCGAGCUGGGUGACCCCAUUGGCCAAGGGCGGUGGGGCAAGGUGUACCGGGGGAGGUGGCACGGGGAGGUGGCCAUCCGGCUGCUGGAAAUCGAUGGGAACAAUCAGGACCACCUGAAACUCUUCAAGAAGGAGGUGAUGAACUACAGGCAGACCAGACACGAGAACGUGGUGCUUUUCAUGGGCGCUUGUAUGAACCCCCCUCACCUAGCAAUUAUUACUAGCUUCUGCAAAGGAAGGACGCUUCACUCCUUCGUAAGGGACCCCAAAAUAUCACUGGAUAUUAACAAGACAAGGCAGAUAGCCCAGGAAAUCAUCAAGGGUAUGGGGUACCUUCAUGCAAAAGGGAUCGUGCAUAAGGACCUGAAGUCCAAGAAUGUUUUCUACGACAAUGGCAAAGUGGUGAUCACAGAUUUUGGCCUGUUUGGGAUUUCUGGUGUGGUUCAGGAGGGAAGGCGUGAGAAUGAGCUGAAGCUCCCCCACGACUGGCUGUGCUACUUGGCCCCCGAGAUCAUGCGUGAGAUGGCUCCAGGGAAGGAUGAAGACAAGCUCCCUUUUUCCAAGGCGGCCGACAUCUAUGCUUUCGGGACUGUGUGGUAUGAGCUCCAGGCCCGAGAGUGGCCAUUCAAGAACCAGCCAGCCGAGGCCUUGAUCUGGCAGAUUGGAAGUGGGGAGGGGAUGAAGCAGGUCCUUUCUGCAAGCAGUCUGGGGAAAGAAGUUGGUGAAAUCCUCUCGGCGUGUUGGUCUUUUGAUCUCAGUGAACGGCCCAGCUUCCCUCUCCUGAUGGAAAUGCUUGAAAAACUGCCAAAGCUCAACCGGAGGCUCUCCCAUCCAGGCCACUUCUGGAAGUCAGCCGACAUCAACAGUAGCAAAGGUGUCAUCCGAUUUGAACGGUUUGGCUUGGGAGAUCUGGAAUCAAGCAGUCAAAAGAUUUAGUCCGGUCUUUUUAUGGUCUUUAUUCACACUUUCUGCCUGCAUCACCUGAAAGUUUUUAUUGGCAAAUCUUCAGGGCAUCUUCCCAAAUAACGGAAGGGAUGCCCCCACCCAGGUGGACACCAGCAGGAUUUCAUUUGGACGGGGGGGGGGGGGGUUGCCUCGGAGGUCUCAAGUUCUGUUGCAGCAUCAGCAACUUUACUUUUUAAAAUGUUUACAUUUGAUUUUUUCCUGUGUGAAUUUUAAUGGUUAAUUAUAAAUGUGACAUAAAGCUUUUUAUUUAAAAAACCUUUUUUGCAAAUGUUC